AUGAGUGAAGAUGGAAAGCAGCUGUACAAUGCGUGUUUUCAACAAAGUUCAGAAAAGGCCCUGAAGCUGUUGAGCAGUUGGGACGCGCCACGUAUUCAAGCCACAAAUACUUACAAAGGCGGUAUCGGCACAUCUUUCUACGCUGCCUGUUUCAACGGUCAUGUGCAGGUGGCGGAGAUGCUAUUGAGGCAUGGCGCUGAUGCCAACGCCAAGCACCUCGAAGGUAAAACGCCCCUUGAUCUGGUUCACCUAAGCGAUCAUGACACCAAGCUGGAGGAUGUGUUUGUUGCGCACGAGAUUCGUCUCGCACAACUUCCUGCCUGGCUGCCACCUCUACCCGGCGAUACACCUACUAUGCAGACGACAGCCCAUGUUGUGGGGGUGGUGCACGUUUGGCUCAAGCCACUCCUGCCCGGGCCCACCACCACCCAUCCCUUCCCGUACCUCGAUGCCCUGAUCAGUGGUACCAUCAAGCGCGACCCCAAGCUCGCAACGGCGGUUGAUGACAUUCGAAAAAUCAUCAAUGAAGCACCGGCAGAGGCAUCUGUGAUGGACUGUGCCACCCUUCAGGUCAUCAUCACUCAGGCCGUCGACUCGCUUGAUCAGGCACUACGGGCGCCCGAAGCGUUGAAAAAUCGUUUGAGGCACUUGGAUCCAAAGACCGACGCCGUGGAAUCAGUGCUCCAAGAUCUGCAUGACCUUGCAAACCAGUUUGAGCUGCAGCCAGUCCUUCACGAGCUCCAGACCGUGCUGGCAACAUUUCCCGAUCCACCUACUGCGCCGGCAUCUGCACCCAAGACGCCCCCCGCCGAUAUUGCAACGGCCCUGAACAAACUUGCUAUGCCGCGCAACAUCGGGCCUGAGCGCCAAAAGCUGCUUGAUAGCACUGAAAGCAACCUCAAGCGCCUGACACUGGCGCUGAUCGAUUCCCUGGGUGCUGUUGCGAAAGCAGGGGCUGCCGAAAUGAUUCAGUGCGUGGUCACGCUGUGGCGAUGCACGCAAUGCUCGGAUGUAAGCGAACCGCCUCCAGCCAAGGCGCUGCCCGAGGCGUGGAAGCAGCUCUGUCGAGCUCACGAGAUGCUGAGUGUGCCCGAACACAAUGGUCUGGAGCAGCUUGCAAUCUGGGUAGGAACGCAUGACUAUUUCCACCUGAAUUGGUACCUGGCAUUUGUGCAUCACGAGUUGCUGGCUUUGAUGCAGAGGCUGCAGGACAUGGCUGACUGGCAGACCACGACGCUGUCCGUGCUGGCUUUGUGCAAAACUUGUAUCAAUGAAAUCACGCGGGACAGCGCAAGCCGGAUUGUAUCUGCACACGAAGAAAUGUCCAAGUUACAGCAACAAAUCCAGGCGACCAAAGCAUUCUUGACUUUUGCUCCAGAUGAGCUGCGUGCUGGGCUUGAAGCUGGUGUGCAAGACAAGCAAGAACGUCUGACCACCUUGCGCCAUCAGUUGGCUGCUCAGCCACACGUGGAUCGUGUCGCAGAGCUGGCAAAGCUGUUGCAUCAGCACUUCCCAGCCCUACUGGUAUUGCUGCAUCCCGAACAAAGCUCCUUGGGAGCACACCUUCGUGCAGUGCUUGGACCUGACCUGCCCGCCAGUCUCAUCUUUGAGGUCAUGACCGAAGUGAAUCAGGCGUUGACGCUCUCCAGUCUGGGCCAGCUUGACCUAUACUACAAUCAGAACCACAAAGUGUACAAAGCCCACGCCGCGCUGCCCAACUGUUCCGCGCAAGACUUGGCCGUGAAAGAGUAUGCCUUUGCUCGGCAACAAAAGCAUGAUCAGUGCCGCACGUUUCUCCGUGAACUCCGCGCCAUGCGUCAGCUGGAGCACCCAAACAUCAUCCCGGUCCUCGGCACGCUUGUGGACGUGCACAAUGGCCACCCCAGCGCAUACCUGGUGCAGCCGUGGUGUACGCAGGGAGAUUUGCAGCAGUGGCUUAGCAGAGCGCGUCACCUGGCCACCUCGGCCGUGAUUACGGGUUUGAUGAAUCAGUUGCGCGCAGCAUUGGCUUUUAUGCACAGCAAAGGCUUGGUGCAUCGGGAUGUCAAGCUGAGCAACGUCAUGCUGGAUGGUGAGGAGGAUCGGCCGGUUGUCCGGCUUGGCGACUUUGACAUGGCCAAGGCCGCCGCUGAAGCCACAAUGCUACCAUGUACAACCACUGCAUCGUCGGGUACGGCCGGAUAUGUAGCUCCGGAGGUGCUUUUUGGUGACGGCUGUGUGGGUGCGCGCCCGGCGCAGGAUGCCUUUUCCUUUGGCUGCGUUCUUUACAAUACCUACAUGUUUCCACAAACAGUGCCCGCUGCUCGUCUACCCACGGAUCAGCUGGUUGACAAAUGCAAAUGGAAUUUCCAAGCAGGAGGCACAGAUUGCAGCUUUCCACACCUGGCGGCUGAGAUGUGUGAUUCUGCGAGCUAUCUGUAUCGUGAAGCGCGGGCCUUGCUUGCCACUGAUCCAAAGGGACGCCCCAGCCUAUUUAGUGCCGGGCUGAUUGCGCAGCAACCCGUCGCCCACAAAGUUGGGCCAGCUAUUGAUGUUUUGCGCGAUGCGCCUGAGCUUGUGCAGGAGGUGGCGGACCUGUUAGAACAGCUGAGUUGUGACGGGCGAGGACCGGACACGAUUGCAGUGCGGCGGGUCAAGCGCGUCGAAAACCCAGUGUUGUGGGAGCGCUAUAGUGCAAAGCGACGGGAGAUGUUGCAUCGCAUCACGAGUCAGAGGCACUGCGAUCAACUUCAAACGGCUAAAGUGGAUGCGCUCCCAGGCCUUCCGGCCUUGCUUCGCAACACAUCCUGUCAGGAGCGGCUGCUGCUCCACGGGAUCGCCGCCGACAAAUCGCUGCGUGACAAGAUUGUGCGCCUGGGCCUCGACUAUCGCUUUGCGGGCAGCAGCAGAGGUCAUCGCUUUGGGCACGGCACGUAUUUGUCGGAUCAUCCUGGCAAGACCCAUCAGUACGCCAAGGCUGGCCCCAACGGUGAACGCAUGCUCAUUGUGACGAGAGCACUGCUCGGCCAAGCCUAUGUCGAUGAAGCGCCUAACUCGAAGGCGCUGGCACCCCCGCUUCUGCCCAGUGCGCCGAACAACGAACGAUACGAUUCGGUUAUUGCGACGCCGCAUGGGCGAUUUCAAGAGGUCAUUAUGUUUGAGAAUGCCCAAAUGUAUCCCGAGUUGGUGGUGUACUACACGGCCGAUUAG